AUGUCAAAAUUAUUUACAUUUUCUAAUGUAAACACUAUUAAGGAUAUUGAUUCUAUUAGUAAUAAAAGAAAUUUACUUAUAUUUGAGAAAUACAUUUAAAAUAAGCUUAAGAAAACAACCGUUGUGGGAUUAUCAAAAUUAAAAAAAUUUGAUUAGAGAAUUAAAACAUGUAAUAUGUAUAAAGAGAAUCUUAAACAAAGUAGUCAAUCAAGUUUUAACAAUUUUGAUCUAAGAUCUCAUCGAUUAAAUCUAUCUGAAAAAUCUCUAGCUUCUAUUUUGAUAAAUAAAUAAAGAGAAACAAAUAGUAUUAAAGCAUUUAGUAGACCAUCAUCAAUACAUAAGAAAGUUAGCUUUUAGAAUCUUGUUAUUGUAAUAGACACAAAUAUAGGAAUAUAGAAAAAAGAAAAAUUGAUUGAUAAAGAAUCAAAAUUAAGAAAUGGAUACUUUUUCAAUUCAAAUCAGAUUAUUUAAUAAUGA